UACAAGGAAAAACACCUUGUUAUGGAAAUAACGCCCUAUGCGAAACGAAUUUUUGUGUGAUUUAUAUGAAAGAAAAAAAAAAUCCACACACACACAUAAAUUAAAGUGAUGAAUUGUGUAUAUUUUAUUAAAAAUAUAAAAUAAAGUAUUGCGAAAAUAAAUCAAAAAAGUUAAACAGCAUUUUAUACAUAUAACAAGCGCUACAAAAAGUGUGAGUGGUGUUUUUUAAGUAUUAAAGGAAUCAAAAUAUAUUUAACAAAAAAGUGUUUUUUGUUAUUAAAGUGUUGCCAACUAUAUUAUAAUUAAAUAAAACAACGAUCAACAAAAAGUUCAUCUUAAAACUAUACAAUUGUGCAAAUAAUUAACAAAAUUUGACUGUGGAUUAUAAAAUAUCUGCUUUUCACAGCUUUUAUAACAUUUAUUUGGAUACUAUUGACACGAAAAAUUUUUAAAACUGGCGGAAGAAACAGCAGAAAAUUCCAACAUGAGUUGGGGUACUGAAUUAUGGGAUCAGUACGAUAAUUUAGCGAUACACACAAAUAAAGGCAUUGAAUUUUUGGAUAAAUAUGCAAAUUUUAUAAGAGAUCGCUUAGCGAUAGAAACAGAAUAUGCCGCUAAAUUAAGGCGAUUAGUAAAAAAUUAUCAGCCCAAAAAGAAAGAAGAAGAAGAUAAUGAAUUAACAGCAAUGCAAGCUUUCCGUAAAGUACUCAAUGAAAUCAGUGAUUUGGCAGGACAACGGGAAGUGGUAGCGGAAUCCCUGCAAUUACAAAUUUUACAAGGCAUUUCACUGCUCUCCAAAACCCUAAGAGAAGAAAGAAAAAAAUGUCUUUCGAAUGGCACAUAUUUACAACAAAACCUCACCACACAAUUGGCUUCAUUGGAACGGGCCAAACGUAACUAUGAAAAAGCCUAUCGGGACUCCGAAAAAGCGGUGGAAAAUUAUAAAAAAGCCGAUAUGGAUUUAAAUCUAAGUCGAGCCGAAGUCGAACGUUAUAAAAAUAUAAUGACAGCAAAAAUUCAACAAUCGGAUGAUGCGAAAAAUGAAUAUGCCAAUCAAUUGCAAAAAACGAAUAAUUUACAGCAACAGCAUUACAAUGAACUAUUGCCAGAGGUCUUCAAUCGCCUACAAGAAUUGGACGAAAAACGUACACGUGGCAUACGAGAAUUCAUCAUAGAAUCUGCAAAUGUAGAAUCUAAUGUUGCACCCAUCAUAGGCAGAUGUUUAGAAGGUAUUGUAAAAGCGGGCGAAGCGAUAAAUGAAAGAGAAGAUUCUUAUAAAGUUAUAGAAAGAUAUCAAUCUGGUUUUACACCACCACAAGAUAUUCCCUUCGAAGAUUUAUCGAAACAAGAUACCCUUGAUUCAUCACAAGAUUCCCACUAUAAUCAUCCAAUACAGUCGAGUCAUUUAACCGUUAAGGGUACACUUAGUGCCAAUAAACUAAAGAAACGUGUGGGAAUUUUUAAUAUAUUUGGCAGUAAUAAGAAUUCCUUAACUGCGGACGGACAAAAGGAAGAUUUCAGUGAUUUACCACCGAAUCAAAGACGCAAAAAGUUACAAGCAAAAAUAGCUGAAUUACAACAGAAAAUCCAACAGGAAACUGCCGCACGAGAUGGUCUCAUGAAAAUGAAAGUUGUCUAUGAGGCCAAUUCAUCGUUGGGCAAUCCCAUGACAGUCGAAGGUCAAUUAAAUGAAUCGGAACAUAAACUGGAGAAAUUGAAAAUUGACUUGAAGAAAUAUCAAGGUUAUUUAGAGAAAGCAAAUCAAAUACCCAUGGCAAAUAAUAGUCCGCAAGCAAAUCGCAAUACGAUGAACAAUGGUCAUCGGUCGUCGAGGCAUUCCAAUGGUAGUACUGAGGACAACAAUUACGACGGCGAUUUCCAACAAGAUGAUGGUGGCAGUUUAAGCAGGUCAGAUUCUGAGGAUAAUGUGGCGCAAAUACAAAAUGGCCAUAAUAAUAACAAUAACGGCAGUUCGGCUAGUCCUGAAAGUGGCUUAGGAACAUCACACACCUCACUGCCGGGUUCGGGACAAGGAAGUGCAAACGAAAAUGCCAUGGGAGAAGAAACGUAUUAUGAAAGUGAACUAGAACCACUACAACCUCUGGGUACAUGUCGAGCCUUAUAUCCAUUUGAAGCCACCAGUGAGGGCAGCAUACCCAUGAACGAGGGCGAAGAAUUACAAGUUAUAGAAAUAGAUCAAGGUGAUGGUUGGACGCGUGUGCGUCGCAUGAAUAAUACAAAUGGUUGGGAUGAGGGUUUUGUACCCACCAGUUAUAUUGAUUGUACACUAUAUUCUUAAGUCAAACUGAAAAAAAAAAAACAAAAAAUGGAACAAUUUGAAAAGAAAAAGGUUGAAAACGCUAAAUAUUUAAAAAAUAUAUAACA